AACUAUGAAGUGCUUAGCGGGAAAAAGGGAAAAAAACGUUCUAUUUCAUUAAGGUUUGAAAAUAAAAAUUGAAAAGAAUGAGUGUGAUAAGUGAUCAAGAAAUAGAUUCACUUCUCUCUAGUUUUGAUCAAAUCUAUGAGGAUUUCAAGAGUGGAAUCACAGAAACUCAAUCUUUGAGAUCAAAUUGGAAUGCAGAAAUAAAGAAAAGAGAGGCUCUUGAGCUUAAUUUUCUAACUCUGAAGCAAGAAAAUGAGCGACUGAUGAAGCUGUACACGGAAUCCUUUGAUAAAAUGGCUGAAGAACUUAAUUGCCGUAUCAAAUAUCAAAGCUUGAAGGAGGAGGUUAAAGGACUGAAUGAUGAGAAUCAUAGGAAAGAAGAAGAACAUAAGAAGGCUAUGGAAUUGCUGAAACGAGAAUAUGAAGCCAAGGUUGGAGGCUUAGAGGACCAACUAAGAGGGUUACUUGUUGAGAAGGCAACAAGUGAAUCAAGCAUAAUGAGACUCCGUCAAGAUUUAGCAGCACAUAAAAAUCAUGUGCAGACUUUAGCCAACAAGUUGGAACGAGUCCGUUUUGAUGUGGAAUCAAAAUAUAAUCUUGAGACUCAGGAUUUGAAGGAUUGUCUCCUGGUUGAAUAUGAAGAGAAAAAUGAGCUGAGCAAGAAACUCCAGGAUUUGCAAAAGGAACUGGUGAUUAGCAGAACAAAGCUGGGGGAACAGAAGCAAGACACAUCUUCAAAUCGUCUUGUUGAAACACUCAAAGGAAAGAUUAUGAAAUUACGGAAGGAAAAUGAGAUUUUGAAAAGGAAACUUUCUCAUUCAGAAGUUGGAUUAGAUUGUAGCAACUGAAUAUGUUGGUAAUCUUCCAAUUUUUAUAUCUUUUUGCUAUUGAUGUUCAUUGUACAUACAACUUCCAUUAUCCAUUCAUUGAUCAGUUCAAGAUUUUAACAGUAAAA